AAAAAACCCACAUCUGCUUCGAAAGCUGGUCGUCGCGUCGCGGACUUUCGAUAUUUGUGUACUCAUAUUUGGCUAAACCUUAGUUGUCGACUUUUCACCGACGUACAUCCCAAAUAUCCAAGGGACUAGAGAUCCUCGACACCAAUCACUAUGGAUCCAGCAAAACUGGCCAAACUUCAGGCUGCGGCUGCGGCAAACCGACUUGGUGGGAAGGGCACCAUGCGUCGGAAAGUCGUACGGAAAGCGAAGCCGUCUUCUGCACAAGAUGACAAGAAGCUUCAAGGUGCUCUCAAAAAAUUGAAUGUGCAGCCUAUCCCUGGUGUGGAGGAAGUGAACAUGUUCAGAGAGGAUGGCCAUGUGCUGCACUUCACCACGCCUAAAGUUCACGCUGCAGUUCCUGCAAACACGUUUGCAAUCUAUGGUAUUGGUCACGUCAAGGAGUUGACGGAACUCGUUCCGGGGAUCUUGAACCAACUUGGCCCGGAUUCACUCGCGUCACUGCGUAAACUCGCAGAAUCAUACCAAGCAAUCCAGCAAGGGCAGCAGAGGCCAGCCGCAGGUGGCACUGCCGAGGAUGAUGACGACGAUGUCCCUGACCUUGUGGAGAAUUUUGAUGUGGAAGGAGAGCAGGCCGCGGCCGCCGACAAGGAGAAGUUGGAGGACGUUAACUAAAGUGCUCAUCUAGUGGGGCAUGGUGUGCACGAGUUACUGUGGAGUCGCUGACGGGAGUCUAUCGAACGGACAAUCACAUGGAGAAUCAGUGGGCCAGAAAUCUGAAAAACUGUGUGGGGAGCAAGAUCUUCCUGGAGCCACUUUUCUCCGUUUGAUGUGGUCUGUAUUGGUUGUAUGAACAGAAGUCUUCCCACUGAUUCUCUGACCAUCUUUUUGCUGUGUUACUUGACUGCUUUAUGGUGUUCAUGCGAUUACGAGACUACAUCUGCCUGUCGCAUUGUAAAAUCACAACCAUGUCUUCGUACUGUGGAUGAUGCUCUAAGACGUCAAUUAUGGUCCCCU